UCCUCCAUCUACCCCCACCCCCCCCUCCGCCCCGAAUCUCCCCUCCCGUUUUGCUCCGAGUUGCGCUUUAUUUGUGUGCGGAGAAAGGGGGGUGGGGGGGACACGGGACGGGGCUUGUGGAGGGGAUGUCCUGUUUUUGCCAGAAGAACAGUGCGAAAGGGGAACCUCGGCUUGGAGAAGGGGCGCGAAUAAAUAUUAAAUAAGGAGCAGCCCUAAAAUCAAGGUAGCGGCGUAUCCCGGCAGCGAGAAGAGUACUGAGCUGUAAAUUGAAGGGACGAUAAUUUCUGCUUGUGGGGAAAAAGAAAGGUGAACAACCUCCAUGGAAGACUCUCAGGAUCUAAGUGAACAGUCAGUAAAGAAGCCGUGUACAGAGUCAGAUGGUUCAGAGCCGCAGAAUCCCAGGUCUAUGGAAAUGCAAGAUCUAGCAAGUCCUCAUAAUCUUGUUGGAAGUACUGAUGCGCCAGGUAGUUCCAAACUGGAGAAACCUAAUCUCAGUAGCACGUCAGUGACAACAAAUGGAACGGGAGGAGACAACAUGACUGUGUUAAAUACUGCAGACUGGUUGCUGAGUUGCAGUACUCCCUCUUCUGCAACAAGUAUGAGAGACCCUGUGUCUCUUCUUGCAGUCAAAACAGAACCCAUGAACAGCAGUGAAACUACAACCACAACUGGAGAUGGAUCGCUUGACACUUUUACUGGGUCAGUAAUAACAAGUAGUGGCUACAGCCCAAGAUCAGCGCACCAGUACUCUCCACAGAUAUAUCCCUCCAAGCCCUAUCCACACAUUCUUUCUACACCAGCAGCUCAAACAAUGUCUGCCUAUGCCGGACAAACGCAGUAUUCAGGAAUGCAGCAACCAGCGGUCUAUACAGCCUACUCACAGACAGGACAGCCGUACAGCUUACCCACUUACGAUUUGGGUGUAAUGUUGCCAGGCAUCAAGACAGAAAGUGGGCUCUCGCAGACCCAAUCGCCACUGCAGAGUGGGUGCCUCAGUUACAGCCCAGGGUUUUCUACCCCACAGCCAGGCCAAACACCCUACUCUUAUCAGAUGCCAGGUUCUAGUUUUACACCAUCAUCCACUAUUUAUGCAAACAAUUCUGUUUCAAAUUCUACAAACUUCAGUAGUUCACAGCAGGAUUAUCCAUCAUACACAGCUUUUGGCCAAAAUCAAUAUGCACAGUAUUACUCAGCAUCAACAUAUGGUGCAUAUAUGACCUCAAACAACACAGCUGAUGGCACUUCUUCAUCAUCGUCCACAUACCAGUUACAGGACUCUCUCCCUGGCCUGACUAGUCAACCAGGUACAGAUCUACAUUCAGGGGAGUUUGAAACAGUGCAGAGCCCCUCCACGCCAAUCAAAGAUCUUGAUGAGAGAACAUGUAGGAGUUCUGGGUCAAAGUCUCGGGGUAGAGGGCGGAAGAACAAUCCAUCACCCCCUCCGGACAGUGACUUGGAGCGCGUAUUUGUUUGGGAUUUGGAUGAAACAAUCAUAGUUUUUCAUUCGCUGCUCACAGGGUCCUAUGCACAGAAGUACGGCAAGGAUCCACCAAUGGCAGUGACCCUCGGACUGCGAAUGGAAGAAAUGAUUUUUAAUCUUGCUGAUACACAUUUAUUUUUUAAUGAUUUAGAGGAGUGUGAUCAAGUUCAUAUAGAUGAUGUUUCUUCUGAUGAUAAUGGACAAGACCUAAGUACCUACAGUUUUGCAACUGAUGGCUUCCAUGCAGCUGCAAGUAGUGCAAACCUUUGUCUGCCAACAGGUGUAAGAGGAGGGGUUGACUGGAUGAGGAAGCUGGCUUUCCGUUACAGAAGAGUAAAAGAGUUGUAUAAUACUUACAAGAACAACAUAGGAGGACUUCUAGGUCCUGCUAAAAGAGAUGCAUGGUUGCAAUUAAGAGCAGAGAUGGAAGCUCUGACAGACUCCUGGCUAACAAAUGCACUUAAAUCAUUAUCCAUUAUCAGCACAAGGAGUAACUGUGUAAACGUGUUGGUAACAACAACCCAGCUUAUCCCAGCACUUGCAAAAGUUCUGCUGUAUAGCCUAGGAGGAGCUUUUCCUAUUGAAAAUAUUUACAGUGCAACCAAAAUAGGCAAAGAGAGCUGUUUUGAGCGUAUAGUGUCCAGAUUUGGCACUAACAUAACUUAUGUUGUGAUUGGAGAUGGCCGAGAUGAGGAACAUGCAGCUAAUCAGCACAACAUGCCUUUCUGGAGGAUAUCCAGUCAUUCGGACCUCUUGGCUCUCCAUCAAGCACUGGAACUAGAGUAUUUGUAACUGUGUUCUAAAGUUGGCAAUCCUUUUCUUUUUUAUAUAUAUAUAUUUCAAGUACACUGAAUUUUUAUGUGUGAUUCAAUGCCUCUGGCUUUACACAUAUGAAUUGUCUUAAGAAGGGAAGAAAUACUUGGAAUUAAAAAUUCCAAACUGAAGAAUUCAGAUUGCUGAAUGGAGUUAAAAUGUUAGUGCUACGUAAGGAAGCUCUAUGGUCUUAUAUAUGCAACGUUUUCAAAUGAAUUAAAACUGUGGAGGUUACUGGUACACACCAAGUGAACCCUGACAGGAGUGAACAAAGGACUCAAACUGGCAAAGCACCAACACGGGUUUUCCAGCCAACAAGGUGGUGUUCAAUAACAUUCCUCAAAAUGGGAUAUAUUCUCAGCACUGAGGUUUGAACCAGACUUAAGCCUACCUAACCCAGAAAAUCUGAAUUGGAAUGCACUCAGACUGUAUAAUGACAAUCCUGUCUAGACCUGUAAUUUGUGUAAAUUAUUGAUGAAAAUAAUUUACUGUGACUUUAUUAGAAGCUGAUUUUGGAAGUGGAUGCAAUUUUUCUUUCUUUUGGGAGGGGCAGGGGUGGGAGAGGGUUAUAUAAUAUUGUCUCUUUUAUAAGUUUGGCAAACAGAAUGUGCAUAAUGAUGUGUUGUGCCUUAAAGAGAAGACUGUGUUUGUGUGUUAUAGUGUAAUUUUGGUUAAAAACUAUGUAGAUAAACAAAAAAAAAACCUUUCUGAUAUUUUUUGACAUGACCAAAUCUGAAAUUCAAAGAAAUUAAAGAGCAGGGCUGCACCGAAGCAUUUAAGUUUUUGUUGCAGUAAAAAAAAAUAAUAAAGGAAAGUUUGUGUUUUUAUUUGGAUUCUGAAUAAUUCCACUGAUUAUUUGAGGAAAGUUAAGAGUAUGUCGGGAGGUUGAUACUGGGGACCGCUACCUUGAAAGCUAAAAAAAAAAGUAUUUAAUACCUUCAGCAUCAUUUCUACAUCAUCUGACAAGAGAACUAAGAGCCAUAUUAAUUAGUUACUUAGUCCACUGGAAGCCAUACAGUGAGUGCAUCUGCUGUGUAUAAAAGAACAAAUUCCUACCAAUCAGACGGAAGUGUGCAGGUGCCAUUACCAGAAGGAAAAAUGUGGGUUUAAGCCCAGCUGGGAAAUAAAACAAGUUCAUUAGGAAGGAAAAAUUACUAAAUCAUCUCUCCCCAUUCAGAUGCACAAAUGAUGCUACAUUUAGCAUAUUCAGCAUCAACACAAGCUGCUGAAGUUGCUGGUGUGAUGCCAUUGGCCAUUUUGAGAGCACAGUCCACUUUGGUAAACAUAACAGUGUUUGGGUAGCUUUUCCGUUGUGUUCCACAUUUGUGUCUUCUGGUUUGGGUCAACAUGUUUUUGCUCAUCCAUUUUUGAUUGCACAACAUUACACAGGAGCAACUCUCCAUGUUUUUGAAUGAGGAAUUUCAGUAGCAUGUCGGGCACCUGAGUAGAGGAUAAGGUUGAGAUUUUUAUGAAGACAUAUUGAGAAGUAUAUGACCUUAAUUUUCAUCAUUUCUGUUAAAAAAUGUGGUCAAUACAGUGAUAAAUUCCUUACAAGUUUCAAACAUGCUACCUUUCAGCUUUGGAAAAUGAGCAAGGUCCAUAUUGCAUGCAGAGUCCCUAGUACUGCAUGGGCAGCCGAAGCACUCUGAAUUAACAGUGGGUGGUGCGUCUCUCAAGGCAGAAGAUGGAAACUGCUUUUUUGAUUUUUUACAUUACACAUGGAGAUACUUGAGGUUGCCCAUACUCCGACCGUGUAAAGAAUUGUGUGCAAGAGGAGAUGUUAAAUGUAAACUCCAGGAUGCCUACACGAACACAGUAGUCAGCACUGAGGUGAAGUCGUGUGUAAUGUCAUGUUUGCAAGUAUUUUGAGCAAAUGAAGUAUAGGAUAUAACGCCUUUUGCUGAUACUCUAAUAGUUCUCAGUCAGUACAGAACUUCAACAUUCAUUAAGCAUUUGAGUAGUCAGCUUGCAGAAUAUAAAUACAGUGUGAUUGCAGUCACAAGAUAGUACCUUAAAUAAAACUCUGUGCAGUUCAGUAUAUUUGCAGAAGAGGACAGGAGAAACUGAAACUGAGGCUUAUUCUUAGAUGUCCAUGAAGAUGGUGCACAAAGAUAUAGGUGGCACCUAGUUCCCAGAUCUGUUUUCAUAAGAAUUCGGUGUGAGCAGCAGAAUUUGCAUCUGAAGCAGAGAUGGAGUAUGUUCCAGUGCAAGCUCUGACAAGGGAGAUGAGGCCAAAUCAAAAUCCUGUGUACAACCACCCUUCAUCUUGAGGCAGAUUAAAUGCUGCACAAAAUUGGAAUUGCAGAGUCUAUGGGUGAAUAUGGACUUGGCCCGGAAAACUAGAUUUUAGCUGUGGGAUUGUAUCCAAAUCCAGGGUUUCCAUUAAAAAAUCAUCUCUGCUUUACAGGAUUGACACCAAGCAUAUGCACUAAAUGAAUAUAGUAUUUAGCAUCUCUGAAGAGGAGCUGAGGUAACGUGAGCCAAAAUCCUAGCAAUAGCAGCAUUUUGGAAAUAUAAUUUAAGCCAAGGGUCUCUGUCAUGUGUUAGGAGAUUAUAGUUUAUUAGGGCCUCCAUGAUUCAAGAAAAUGUAAAUUAAAAUUAAAGCUUGUA